AUGAAUUGUUUAUUCAUUUUUGUAUUUCUUGCUAUUGCAAAUGCUGAAUGUGGUGAACGUAAAUUGAAAAAGUUUCUUAUUGUAUUUAAAGAUUGUGAAAAUUACUAUGAUCCAUGUGAUUGUUUGAAACGAAAAGAAUAUUACUUAAAAGAAAACGAGUGCAAUGAAACUGAAGAAUAUAAACAAGUAACUUCGGCUCUUCAAAGUUGUGGUGAACCAAAAGAAG